GACGAACCCACGUUACUCCCGAUUGUGAUUCCUCGCGGAGGGAGGGAAGGUCUCGGUGCGCUCGCUGUUGAAUUAUAUCCGCGGAGAACUUAUCUGUACGGAUCGACCGCGGAGUCGCGUCGGUGGUCUCCUCUCGACAUUCGUCAAGCGAAAUCGAUAAACGGGGACGUCGCGAAAGAGGGAGAGAGAGAGAGAGAGAGAAAGAGGGACGGGCGCUUACGCGCGCACGUUACGAUUCGCGUCGUGAAAGGUAGGAAACGAGGACUCGCGGAUGGAAGGAGAGAGAUAAUCGCGGGAGUGUGACAGCGACCGUGGUGUGGACUCGACUCGGCGUAGAAAUUCGCACGACGACGUUUCUCUUAGCGCGUGAGUCUUUCCUGUCAAGGGGAUCCCGCGUCCUUCGUCUCGUACUCGGCGCGAUCUCAAUGGAAUGUCGUGGUCGCGCGACGACGUAUCAUAGUAGUAACCUUGAGACGACACCGCCAAGGUAACCAGCUUCCGCGAGAACGAUCGUUCCCGUUCGUUCCCGCGUCCUCGCAUCGGCCCGUCGUCGAAUACCGGAGCGGCGCGAUUAUCCGCGAAAUGCGAAGAAGAGCUCGAGCGUACCUCGAUCGAUAGGCGCACGGCCUUCGUCGGACUGACUUCCUCGCGCACGCAACGCGAGCGAAGGCGCUCGUCAUCGGGGAGCACGUGCACCGACGACGACGACGACGUCGGCAGGUUGGAUCGGUCGGUCGAUCGUCGCCAGGCAACCGGGGAGAAGGUCGAAGCAUGUGAUUACCACGGCGGUCUCAUCGAUCACGCGCCCGAUCACCUUGAGGGAGAGGGAUGUUGCGACCGUUGAACGGCAGGAUCACUUAACGGCGGCCGGAACGUCGAUGGCCGACGCGACGACGGGGUUGCCGGACGAUGAACGGUAAGGGUGGCAUAUAGUGACAGGUGGAUAUCGCUAACCGCGCGAGAAAGUAUACGCGCGCCGCCGCCGUGGGAACAGCGAGCGUGAGGGACAGACAGGUAGGAAGCCGUAGCACAGGUGGUGGUGGCAAGGACGGAUAGCGAGGAGAGAAAGAGAGAGAGAGAGAAGAAUAGCCGUGUACUAUACUGUCCUGGGGAGGGAGGGCCGAGCCCCUGCGAGGACUUUAAAAAAAAAAAAAAAAAAGUAUACAAUGAAGAGAGAGAAGGUAUGACAUGUCAGUGUAGCAAAUGACACGUAAAGAGGGAGAGAAGGCGAGAGUGAGAAAGAGGCAAACUUAAAGAGAGAACGGACGCACGAAACCGCGAAUAAUGAAGGAACACGGAAAUAAACAUCCGGCGGAACCGGCGGCGAAGACACUAAAGUCGCUGCUUAAGAAGCCCGGCCAAACGAAGGCCAAGUCGCAGAAGCAUCGCGUGGUGAUCAACGAGAAGCUGAACGAGUUCUUCGCGGCCGAUUACAUCAUACUGAUCAAGGAGGAGUGCUGCGCCGAUUACGAGGAGGACUGCGACUGCUGUUACCAGGAGCACGAGUUCAUGCGGCUGGGCAAUUGCAAGGAGUGCCGGGCGGAAUUGAACCUGCACUUUGGCCUCGGUAACGGCAGAUACGGCGAGAUGCCGAGGGGGGUAGAGCAGACGUUGCGCGAGACCCCCGCGCGUCCUGGAACCCGCGGCAAGAGUCAGCAGGGUCGCGAGGACUCGCAGGAGGACGACGACGAGGAGGACGAGGAGGAGGCGGACGACGGCGAGGAGGAAGAGGACGACGAGGAGGAGAGGGAGGACGAGGAGGAGGACGAGGUUGAGAACGUCGACGGGAAGACGGUGAGGACGGCGACGGCGACGGAGAGGACGACGACGACGACGUUGAUGGAAGGGAAGGACGCGAGCGAGCGAAAGGACGCGGAGGACGGGACGAAGGGACGCUCCCGAUCGAAGGAGACCCCUCAGGAUUCUCAGGAUGAGAACGGGAGCGUGGUUCAGCCACCGCCAACGCCGCCACCGCGGCACGAGCAGCAGGAAACUCUCAGCCCUCCGGAGGGUUACAAAGACGUCUGCUCCAACAGCGAGAUCGCCAACGAGACGGAGCAGCGUAGCCGUACGUGCACGGAGUGCAAUUAUUAUCAGCAACAGGCAACGCAGGACUGCGAAUCGCAAGCGAAAGAACAUGGAAAUAAGCAGGAUACGCAAGACAACAAGGACACGGUGCACGAGGAUUGUCAAAGAAAUUUGCAAGAAAGACUGGAUAAACAGCAUCGAGCAUCUCUCCCUGAUUUGCAUCAUCGUUAUCUCGUGGAAACAAUAACGAUGACAACUGUUACGGAGCGGCGUAUCGUGCGGGAAAUUAGCGAGGAGGAGCGAAAGGAUUGCUACGGACGACCCGACACGGAUAAAGACAAGAAUGUUUGCGACGUUCCGAGGGAUAAUGGUUUUAAUCCGGCGCUUUGUCCCGGGACGAGCGUUCACGAGAAUGCAGGGCAGUUGAUCGCGCCGCGGUGUAACGAGUCGGAUGUCACAGAGGAUCGUGAAAUCGAACACGCGAACACCAAAAAUCCUACGACAGGCAACGACAAAAGGGAGGCGACAGUGGAAGCGGAACGCAUCAGCGAUCAAACGACGACAACGACGACGACAACGGCGGGCGAGCAGUCGCGCGAGCAGGACGCGAAAGAGUUGUCCCUCAUGUUCAAGCUAGGCAACGUGUCCCUCGCCAGUAACAGCCUGAAGCCGAAUUCUGCGGUGAGACAACUUUUUCCUAACCCGAAGUUCAUCUCGCCACCGCCGGCGCCUGCCAACAAAGCGACUUGCCCGGAACAUUCUCAGGACGCGGAGGCACAAAAGUUUCUGAUCACCGCCGAGAGUCUACGGCUGUUCGACGCCGUGAAAAAAUCGACGAUUCCCGGCGGCUCGUACGAGUCGCCGGAAUGCGAAUCGUCUAACUCGAUCAAGAGAUCCAUCGAGCGGAACACGCUGCGUCGGAGCCUGAUCGGCAAGUACAACACGAUAUCGCGCAAGAAGAAUCUACGGCCCAAGAAUCUGUCGUUGGAGGAGCGAAUCAGGCAACUCACGUGCGUUGAUCAGGAUGACGAGAACGUGACGGACACGACGGACAGCUCCGAUAACACCAAUUCUGGUACGGGAGAUGUCAAGUAUCAGGGCGGAGAUCUCUCGAUACGAACGUCACCGUUGGGCGAGGAACGGCCUAUGUGCGAGUCGCUGCCGGCGAGUGUGGCUUCAACGGAAACCACUGCCACUUUAACGAUGGUCCCGACAAGAUCGAGCUCCCUGACGACGAUGACGACAACGACAGCGAUGACGACAACAGCGGCGAACACGAUGACGUCCGCGAACACGCACGGGCACAAUUCGAUGCUCGGAAUGCCGAUGCUGGUGACGGACAACCCGCCGAAUCCCCAAUCGUCCACCUACCGGAAGAUCACGGAUCUGUUUGCGCACAAGAAGAACAUCCAGCCGAAUUUGCCCGAUCUCGGGAUCGGCGGUAGGAAUCUCCUCGCCAAAGAAUGUCAAUCCAAGAAUCCAUUGACAAAGAUGAACUCGGACGUGCGAAAGCAGUUGUUGGCAAGUCUGGCGCCGCUUUCUUGCGUCGCCGUCAACAACUCUGAUAAUCAGGACGAUUAUUAUCGAAACGAGUCCAGGAUACUGGCGAAUCGCGAGUCGAUAAACUAUAACUCGGACUCGUCGUACAGUUUGGAGGACAUAGAGGCGGUUUUGAACGGCGAGGAUAGAAAGUACGCCGGUCAACCGGAUGUGACGAGAUGCACACCGAUAGGCAGCAGACCUGAUAUUGGCGACAACGCCACUGAUGAGCUGCUCGCGUUUGUCGAGCAGGAUAAGUCGAGGAUGGAGCGGAUAAAACGCCGCUAUAACGAGACGGAGGACCGUUACGCGUUCAUUAACGGCUAUCAUUCCGAGGACAAAGCCGUGAAUACAUCGUCCAACGAGAAUUAUGACGGCAAAGGCGUCAAGAACCACGACGCUCAGGCGGACAACGAGCAAGAGGACGACGACGACGACGAGCUCAACGAUUACGGUUUCAAUCGGCGACCAUCGGUGACGGGCAUCAAACAGCAGUACGAAGCUACCAACGACGUUGCCCAUCGACCGCGAUCUUGUGUUGGUGCGGCCAACAACUUCAACGACGCGAGACCGAGCUCAAUGUACUUGCCAAUGUACUGCGACGUGAACGGCGACAAGAUCGACGCCAAGUCGCUGUUGGCCGCCGAUGGAGACGAGACGAUUCCCAUAUCCGUUGACGCGUAUGCCGCGAUAGGAAGCUUCGAGCGAGACACAAAUACGAUCAAUCGAAUAAACACGAUGCAGAGACAGAUCGACGACAUAUAUCAGACUAUCGCCGAAAGCACGGCGGUCACGGCCAACAUUCAGGGUGUCUCCGAGCACGCGACCUAUCUGGAGAACGCGGUACCGCGGCAGUUUGUCGUCAGGACACCGUCCGGUGACGGCGCCGCGCAUCUGUACGCCGAGCACAGGAACGGUCAUCACUAUUUCCAGGAGCAGCAACAGCAGCAGCAGCAGCAGCAGCUUUCCAACACGCGCAUGUUGCGUAUCGCGGGCGGUGGCGACGAUGUUGCGGGCGCGAUAUAUACCAAUACCCUCUCAAAGAUGCAACGCCGCAACCCACCGGUAACGAUUGCAAAUUAUCACUGCAACGUACUGCCCGGCGGUGCCGUACCCAACACCACCAAGUGUUAUCGCACCAUGUACUUCGUGCCGUACAGCGGCAUAUCGGAUCCCACGUAUCAGAACUUACAGCGCAUCCUGCCACCGCAUUCCUCGCCAAACUACGCCAGUCACAUCGAACGAUACCCAUAUCCCCGUCUGAAUAAGACGAGUCAGCAACAACAGACGUUGUACUACAACGCGAAUCGUUCCGCCACGUCGCAUUCCAAUUUGAAUACAUCCCCGCCCGUACCUCCCCCUCCCCCGCCACCACCGCCGCUCGCGUCCGUCUCGAGUCCGAACUCCCUGCAGGGCAGCCAACAAGCCUUGCACCUACAUAUACACCCGCACCCGCAGACCGAGGAAGCCUUUCGAUCGCCCAACAUGGCGUUCUCCCCCGUGCCGCACUCGGCGGUGCAUCAUCCCAUGCAGUUCCAUCAUCAUCAGCAUCAACAUCAGCAUCUUCACGGCGGCGAGAUGGCAUCGUAUCGGAUAAUGACGCAGCAGUCGCCACCUUCGUAUACGGUAAUCGCGCCCUCGAGAUGUAUUCCGGCGAGUAAUCAGGACGGCUACCCGUUGUAUCCGGCGCAUCUGGCACGCGGUAACGCUGUCGCCGGCGCCGCGGCGGACGUGCAAACGCAGACGAUCACCGUCUCGGCCGCCUCAUCGUAUUCAUCCUCCUCAUCCUCGUCCUCGUCGUCGUCCUCCUCCUCGUCCUCGUCGUCGUCCUCGGCGUCUGCGUUGUCAUCGUCCUCGUCUACCGCUUCGGCCACCAUCGCUCCCCUCAAAUGCACCGGGAUCAGCAACAAGAGCUGCGAACAACCGAUCUUGGGAGCGUCUUACAACGGCGCGCAAUCAGCGACAGUCAAUGUCGCUCCGCUCGUGUGUUCGACGUCGACGACGACGACAGCCGUAUCCUCGAUGACGCCGAUGCAACUGCCACGGACCGUCAACACGUGCGCGGUAACGGAACGCGGUGUCCCCGAAGGCGCCGCCAGCCUGCCCACCCGGGACUUUCAACAAUCGUCCAGCUCGGCGAACUCGACGCCGCAUGUCCUGCUGAUGUCCAACUCUUACGUCGAUCCCAACGCCGGUCUUAUAUCCACCCCGAACAAUACUGCGAACACGGUGUACUACGCCAUGAACGUUUGAAGACAAACGACGAUGGAAUAUGGAAAUUGUGAAUGUGCGUCCGAUGAAGGAUGUCUGAAAAAUUUCGCGGAGAUUUAGAGAAUCGUUGCGAUAUCCUUGCGGAUACGUUUGCGUCGCCUAAGAAGUAUUAUAUGAAGAAUCUUUUAGAAGCCAAACUGAUCGAUCCCACUUUUUGUAAAUUUCUUAAUUUUAGUACCAGAGUACGCGUGUGUGACUAGCGCUAAAAUUCUGCUAUUAAAAUUAAAAAAUUUAUGAAGAAUAGAGUUGAUUAGUUCUUUUUCUCUGAGAGGCUCAUAUCGCAUCGCUACGCCUCGAGUGAUUUUGACGAGUGUUUUAUAUGUAACGGAGAUGCGCGUUAAACUAGAGAGAGACUCGCCGUUUUUCCCACCUCCUUCUGCAAUCGGUUGCAUGCACUGUAGCGGAAGUUAUUCAUCUUGACGGCGACGUUCAUCAAGGGUAAAAUUUUUCUCUUAAUUCUAUCCAAUUUGGUAUAUAUCGCUUUCUUCAUUCUUUCUAUUUUAUCUUUUAUCCAUGCUUUUAUCUUUUGCAUUUUUUUACACGAUUAAAAACAACGCAAAAAGAGCCUCGUUUACAGAGAGCCUAAUUUUCUUUUAGACUACAAGAGUUAUAUUUUUUCUUAUAGAGAUGCGACUGACAAGACCCGUGUAGGAUCUGCGUAGGAUUAUAUUAGGCAUUGAAUGAAAUCAUAAACGAUUUUUAGACACGAAUAUAUAUUCGUUGCAAACUUUUCACUAAUAUAUAUUAUAUAUAUAACGUAGUAAAAAUAUUAUUAGAGAAAGUAUAUAUGUAUAUGUGUUGCGCUAUAUUGCACUUACAUUAAUGCACUCCGAUACUAUUUUCGUUACGUUACUUGACAUACAAUUGUCAUUUACACGAUAUCGGUAUUACAGCGAUAUAAUAUAAUAUGUUAGUUUGAAAAUUAUAUUAUUUUACACGCCCGUUAUAUCACAUCGCGAUAUUGUAACACUGUACAAACUUUCUACAGCACUGUAGAUAUUUUCACGUAGUGAUCAGCGAUUUUAGGAUUUAUUCCUUUUCUAUAGGAUUGUAGAUAUAGCGACAGAGAUGGAUAGUACAUUGUUAAACACUAUCGUCAUUUAUGAUCUGACGAAGUUGUUAAUUUUUUGUUUUGAAUUACGACGAUAAUUUAUAAAACGCGAUCGGGACGUUAACGUUAAAUUGGAAAAAUUGACGGAGAGAAGACCUGUCACGGGAAAAUAUAUCGUGUAAGAAUUCUUCUAUAAAGAAGAUGCGGCAGCGUCUAUAUGUUACACUCCAUAAUAUUUCCGGAGAAAGAGAGAGAGAAAGAGAGAUAAAAAUUCCGCUUUGUUCCAUAUUUUAUGUAGUAAAACUUCGUCUCUUAGAACGAAAUACGUUAUUCCCUUGAAUUUCAAUUGUACGCUUUAUGCCAAAUUAAAACGUAUCAAUGCCUCUAGUCAGUAUAAAAUUAGUCUACGAUGUAAGAGAUACACGUGAAGAAAAUACGCGUCGAAAAGAAGAGAGAUAAAGAAAUAUAAGAUAUAAUUCUUACUCUUGUUAGCUAAUUUCUUCAUCUCGCGCCGUCAACGGGGUUCGCCCGAGAUUCUUUCUCGCGUAUAACGGAGGAUCCCAAGAACGCGGCGCGUUAACCGAAACCAAAAUUAUGUAGCGUAUCUAUAUUUACAGUUACAGUAGAAGCGACAAAUAUGUUUAACGAUCCUUUGACAUUUCUUAAUGACGGCAAAUAUUAUAAAUAGACGUACAUAUAUACACAGGGAGUAAGUACAAAGUACUCUGCUUACAAUUAGAAGACAGAAUAUUUGUUACGGUUAUUUUGCGCUCUCAUUCUUCAGCAACACUCGUCGGCAUCUCUCAUCAGGAACUCGUUGAAAGUACAACCGUCUCGCGUAUAAUUGUCUCCCGUGUUCGUAUAAAUCAUCUUAUUCUAUCGAAGACCGACAGUUACGUAGUUCGAAUAGACAAUAUAUAGGGACACGCGAAUCUAUUUUUUAGCGUAGCCACUUUCGCUAACUCACUUCCGAGGGAAACGUAUCCUAUAUACAUAAAGUAAUAUCUCUAAAUAAGAUCGAGGAAUAAGAUCGCACGGCCUAUAUACAGUUCACACUCGUGGAACAAGAUAGAUAGUUAUUUAUUUUCUUCGUGCCAAAAAAGAAAAAGAAAAAAA